AUGGGUAAUAGCGCCGUUCUUAGCUCGGUAGAACUUUACGAUCCACUGAAAGUGAUUUGGACAUCAUCCACAUCCAUGAGUAUUGGACGAUAUGAACACACAGCUUCAGUAGUGAAAACCGGAAUGGUACUAGUUACCGGCGGUUUGGACAGCUACGAACAUUUAAUCAAUGCCGAGUUGUACGAUCCGAUAGCCAAUGUAUGGAUGCCGACCGGUAAUAUGAGUCAUCUCCGCUAUGGCCAUGCAGCUUCUGUGAUAGGAGACGGACAAGUAUUAAUUACGGGAGGAUACGAUCUUGCAGUGUUGCGAAGUGCUGAGUUAUAUAACGCACUUUGA